AUGGCGAACCAAUCAAUUGUUUCAAUCGCAGCCCCAGAAGAUCUCUGCAACUGGGAAUUUGUCAAUCGCAUUUACGAUCUUGUUGAAUCGAUUGAUUCUCUCUCUGUUUCGUCUUCAUCUGAGGUAGAUGAUGAUGGUGCGAAAGAAGAUGAUGAAGAAAAUGAACCCACAAAUGAUGUCAUCAAGAAUCUCGAUUAUGAUGGUAUGAAAUGUUCUAGGGUUUCUGAUUUGGGGCAAAAUCAUGAUGUUGAUUUGAGUAAGUUUGGUGAUGAUUAUCAUGAGAAACCUGAUGUGUUCUUUGAGUUUUCUGAUGGGUCGAACUUGAAUUUUCAUGGGUAUGUUCAUGAUGCUGCUGCUGAUGAUGUUCAAGAUGAUGAAGAUGAUGAUGAUGUUCAUGAUGAUGAUGAUGGUGGGUAUGGCAUGGAUGAUGAAUUGGUACCAUGGGAAGUUAAAGAUCGAUUCGUGAGACAGAGGAUGAUAAAAUCUGGGAAGAAUUCGUUUGGAAAAAUGGCGAAAUCCAAGAAAUCUGCUCGUGUUUUUACUCGACCUGGUUGUGUUCGUGGUAAGCAUGGUUUAGGGCUCAAAGUUUACUGA